AUGACAGUGGGAGCCGCCGCCGCAGCAUCCGAGCCCGGAUUCCCGCGGCCUGGGGGGCGUCGUGCUCUGCGGUCUGUACCGCCAGCAGAACAGGAUCCCAUUUCGCGGAAGGGAGUUCGAGGUGGCGAUGGUGGGCUGGGUGGGUCGGGGGGCGCAGGCGUACAACGGGGAGGCCCAGAGGAGGAAGGACGCAGGACAGAUGCACGGCGCCUGCUUUCCCUCCCGCCUGCGUGUGCUCCGCCGCCGGGUCCGGACCCGGCCCGCCUGGGGGCCGCUGACCCGUUGGACGACGGCUGUACUACGACUUCCCGGAAGCCGCCACCCUCGUCAAGUCCUAGUCUUGGCCCCGGCUCUCCUGGCUUUGGAGGCCACAGCACCUUCGGGGUGCCGCCUCGCGGCCCUCCACGCAUGUCUUCCCCCCACUGCGCUCCUCCCUCCCUCGGGAAUCAGCCACACCCACUCCCCCAGACGCCUUCGCGCAUGGGCUUUACGAACUUUGGGCCACACGGUAAUUCAAGUUUUGGAAACCCAUCUUAUAAUAAUGCACUAAGUCAGAAUGUUAACAUGCCUGAUCAACAUUUUAGACAAAAUCCUGCUGAAAACUUCGAUCAGAUCCCUCCACAGAAUGCUAGCCAAGUAACUGACCCGGACUUAGGCUUUGUCCCUGGAAAUAAUUCAAAUUUUACUUCUCCAUUAGAAUCCAAUCAUUCUUUUAUUCCUUCCCCAAACACUUUUGGUCGAGCAAAAGCACCACCCCAAACACAAGACUUUAGUCAAGGAGCAACCAAAAACACUCAUCAAAAUUCCUCUGCUCAUCCACCUCACUUAAAUAUGGAUGACACAGUGAAUCAGAGUAAUAUCGAAUUAAAAAAUGUCAAUUGAAACAAUGCAGUAAAUCAAGAAAAUAGCCGUUCAAGUAGCACUGAAGCUACAAACAACAGCCAUUCAAAUGGAACACAGAACAAGUCACGACAACCUAGAGCUACAGCAGAUGCAUGCACCACUGAAAAAAGCAAUGAAUCCUCUCUCCACCCAAGCCGUCAUGGCUAUUCUUCUUCUGACCCAGUGUAUCCUUGUGGAAUUUGUACAAAUGAAGUGAAUGAUGACCAGGAUGCCAUCUUAUGUGAAGCCUCUUGCCAGAAAUGGUUUCACCGGAUCUGCACUGGGAUGACGGAAACAGCUUACGGCCUCCUAACUGCAGGAGCAUCAGCAGCGUGGGGCUGUGGUACUUGCAUGGCUGACAAAGAUGUCCAGUUCAUGCGCACCAGAGAAACUUUUGGUGCACCUGCAGUGGGCAGUGAUGCGUAA